AUGCCGCCGCUCUAUGCCAGGGCGUCUAUAGCUACAGGAGCAUGUCUAAUGCUGUGGGGGCUCGACACCGGCAGUAUAGGCCCAAUAACAGCAAUGGAGACCUUCAAGACCUCAUUCGGCCACUUCUCCGCCAUCCUCCACGGCGCAAUCGUCUCAACCCUUCUCAUAACCGGUACAAUCAGCGCUCUCCUAGCAGGCAUGCUAGCAGACCAACUCGGCCGAGUCGCCAUGAUAUCCACCGGCGCCGCCGUGUUCGGCCUCGGGGCCGCCAUCGAAUGCGGUGCCGUCCACCUCGCAAUGUUCAUCGCCGGCCGCGCGGUAAAGGGUCUCGGGACGGGGCUCUUCGUCAGUACUGUCGCCGUGCAGAUCUGCGAAAUCACCCCUGCCAAAACCCGAGGCUUCUGGGUUGCGUUCUCGCAGUUCAUGCUCACGGUGGGACUAUCCCUAGGGUAUUUCAUAUGCUACGGAACGCGUCGUGUGGCGGAUUCGUCGGCGUCUUGGCGGGUGCCGCUUGCUGUUGAGGCGAUUCUGGGAUUCGGACUUGCUGCGACGACGCUGUUUGUGCCGCAGUCGCCUCGGUGGCUGAUGGCCAAGGGUCAAGUCGAAAAGGCUCGAAUGAUCGUCACCCAGCUCGGCAUUAGCGAGGAAGAGCAGCGUGGGAUGCUGGCAUCCAAGGGCAGCCAGGAAGCGGCGGCGGCGGCGGCGGCGGUGUACCCUCCAAACAUGAGCAUGGCGGGCACCGUCCGAGCGACAUUACAAGACUUCCGGAAAGUUCUUUCCAAGCCCUUCCGCUCCCGAACCGCUUUCGGAUGCUUCUUGAUGGUCGCCCAGCAGACCAGCUUCAUCGACGGAAUUCUGUACUACGCCCCACUACUCUUCUGGCAAUCAGGUCUCUCAGAGGAAACGACAUUCCUCUGUUCGGGAAUCCUAGCUUUGGUGAUUAUGGCAGUCACUAUCCCAGCUACCAUCUUCGCAGACAGCUGGGGUCGUCGGACCUGCACCAUCGUCGGUGGGGUUGGCAUCGCUGUCCUUAUGUUCCUGAUGGGGUCCAUGUACGCCUCUAACCAAGUGCGUAGUGACGAGGGCGCCGGCCGGUGGGUGGUGAUCAUAUCUAUUUACCUCUUCGCCAUCUUUUUCAACGGGACCUGGGCGAUUUGUAUCAAGGCUUUCUUGGUUGAGAGUCUGCCGCGCGAGACGAGGUCUAGCGGUGCGGCGCUGGGGCAAGCGGCCAACUGGCUAGCUAACUUUGUCGUUGCAUUGACUGCGCCGCCGUUUCUCGCUGCGUCAUCUUUCGGGCCAUACUUCUUUUACGGCGGCUGUACGCUUGUAAGCGUUGUCGUCUGCGCAGUUUGGAUGACGGAGACGAAGAGUCAGAGUUUAGAGGCUAUUGAGGCGGCGUAUCUUGAGCGCAAGUCGGGCAAUGCUGACGAGAAGAUGACAUGGACGACGACGGCGGAGGGCUUGAGAAGUUCAGAGGAGAUGUAG